GACAGCACCGAGAGGUGAAUAGUAUUAAAUUACUUACUCGGAAAGCACAUGUAAUCGCCUCAAAAAAGGGAAGUGUGCGGACUAAGCCAUCAAAAUAUCCCAGUAAAUAUUGCAUGGAUCUGUAAUGGCCCAUCCUUAGCGGCCGGCAUCAUCACAUGUGGUCUGAUUUGCCUGUCCAUCCCUAGUAAGCUGAGAACAUAGCAGAUGCUCAGGAAAACAGUGCUAUUAGCAAAAGAUGGUGGAUCGCUUGGCAAACAGUGAAGCAAAUACUAGACGUAUAAGUAUAGUGGAAAACUGUUUUGGAGCAGCUGGUCAGCCCUUAACUAUACCUGGAAGGGUUCUUAUUGGAGAAGGAGUAUUGACUAAGCUGUGCAGAAAGAAACCUAAAGCAAGGCAGUUUUUCUUAUUUAAUGAUAUUCUUGUAUAUGGCAAUAUUGUCAUCCAGAAGAAAAAAUACAACAAACAGCAUAUUAUUCCCCUGGAAAAUGUUACCAUUGAUUCCAUCAAAGAUGAGGGAGAAUUAAGGAAUGGAUGGCUUAUUAAGACACCAACUAAGUCAUUUGCAGUUUAUGCUGCCACUGCCACUGAGAAGUCGGAAUGGAUGAAUCACAUAAACAAAUGUGUUACUGACUUACUCUCCAAAAGUGGGAAGACACCUAAUAAUGAACAUGCUGCAGUCUGGGUUCCUGACUCUGAAGCCACUGUAUGUAUGCGCUGUCAGAAAGCAAAAUUCACACCUGUUAACCGGCGUCACCAUUGCCGAAAAUGUGGUUUUGUUGUUUGUGGGCCCUGCUCCGAAAAGAGGUUUCUUCUUCCUAGCCAGUCCUCUAAGCCUGUUCGGAUUUGUGAUUUCUGCUAUGAUCUGCUUUCCACUGGGGACCUGGCCACGUGCCAGCCUACUAGAUCAGACUCUUACAGUCAGUCAUUGAAGUCUCCUUUAAAUGACGGAUCUGAUGAUGAUGAUGAUGAUGAUAGCAGUGACUAAGACACAUUUUGAAAUAUUUAAUCAGGUGUGACUAUCUGAGAAAUCAGCUUUAGGUGAUAUGUAAAACUGCCAGUUUUGCUCUAGCUGUGAAUUUGCCUGAGAAAUUUCUAACCUAUGUGCCUCCUAUACACUAUGGAAAGUAGCUCUCCCUGCCACCUGCCCUCUCAUAUAUAUUAUAGGAAGUAGCUCUCUCUGCCAUCUGCCCUCUCUGCACUCUUUUACUGGGAUACAGCAGAUAAAUUUUGUUUCUUGUUUAUAUCUAGAUUUUUUUUUCUUUCUGGAAUGUUGGGGAAAUUUAUUUAACUGGUCACCUACUAUAUUAGGUUUUUUUUCUGUUAUAUGGAAAACUGAAAGCACAGAAUGAUGGGAACAAGAGUAUAAUGUGAUUAAUAAUAUUAGUGCUUUUUUUUUUUCUAACCAUCCUUAUGUAAUGGUUAAGACACCAGUAGCAGAGUAUGAUUUGGAAAUAACUUCUUUUCUUCAGUUACCAAGUGGUGCCUUAUUCUGCUAGCACUGUUACAUGAAGCCCCCCUACCUUCUGGUUUAUUUACAAAAUACACUGGUGCUCUUCAGGGUGAUAAAAUGAGUGUUUAUGAAUAGAUAUAAUUAGGAAAACAUCUUACCUUACAGCUACAAAUAACCAAAUUUAGAAGUAUCCUCAUAUGAAUAAAAUAAAUUUUUUUCAUAAAAUAGUUGUAUUUGUAUUUUUACAUCACAACUAUUUUAUAGGCAGCAAAUUAUAAUUGUCAGAUAUUUUAAAUGAAAAACAUUAUAAAUUUGUCAAUAGUAUAGAAAUACAUUAGCCUUUAAUUCAUUAUUUGAAAUUCAUCUGCUUUAAUAUUUCUAGAAUGAGAAAUCUGUUUAAAAGAAAAACCAUUGAAAAUCAACAAGGUCUUUAAAAAAAAAAGUGUUAGAGCACAGAUCUGCUUAGGCUUGAAGAUUGGAAGCAAUGAUGUGUAAGAAUGGUCAAGGCAUUGACUAGAUUUGACUAGAUUUCAUAUCUGUGGAAGUAUUGUCUAUUUCAGUGUGAAACUAUCUUGCAUUUACAAAUGGUGUUAUAUUUUAUAAAGUUUUGUAAAGCCCCAAUUUAUAUUUUUGUAAAGUAAUUGUAUAUUUAAUCUGUUUCUGAAAUCAUUUUGCAAUAUAUGGAAAUAGAGUAGCAAUUGAUAUUUCUAAAUUGUGAACUUUAAAUCAGUCUAGAUUGCUUUUGAGAAGUGGUAAUUUCUCACUCUGCUUUUCAGGCAGCCAUUAGGCUGAAAGUGUAUUUAUCAUAAAAACUUGAUGCAUUUUGCACUACUCUUUCCAUUUGUAUGCUGCAAAUAACUACGGCCUUUUAAAGGUGGAAAAUCAACAGUUGGAAAGUUUAAGUUCUAAUUUUUUUUUAAUCUUUAAAUUUGGAUGUACUGCAGAUGUCAUAAGAGGCUUGGCUUACUAACUUGUGAUGUAGUGUUCUUUGUUACUGUACCAUUUAGGUCAGGCACCAGUUUUACUGACUAAAUUUUGAAGGCAUCUGAGAUGUAUAGAUCUCUUUGUAGGAAAUAUGAAAGUAAAGCACAACAGAACUAAGGUUUGGGGCUUUUUAAUUCAUUACUGGUUUUAAUAUCAGAUGGAUUUUUUUUGUUUCAAGCAAAAUAUGUAUCUUUAAUCAACACAGGGAUGGAGACUGUCUAGAGCUUAGCUAUGCAAGGCUCAAGAAAUCAUUGGGUACAUGACAGGGUGGACCUAUAGAUACUUCUUGUAUUCUUGUUGUAGGCUCCUGUAGCAUUCUCCUUACAUGGACAAUUUUGUAUGACUCUUGAAUGAUGUUAUAAUAUCCAAAUGGUCUUUGGCAGAAAAAGGUUUCCCAUCCCUGUAAGGACUAUAAAUCUGGAGAAAUACUAAUGGAAACUUGUUGGUACAUAGGGAGCCUAGCUAGAUCAGGAACCGAGGAGAAAUGCUCUGAGAUAAAAUUUGCAUUGUUGGCCUCUAUUGAUUCUGUUUUUACAAUAAAAAUAUUUUACAAUUUC